ACUGAAAGUGCGUUAGAUAUUGCUCACUGUGUGAAUAUUAAUAAGAAACAUUUGUUCACACCACAGGGGGCAGUGAUCAUGUGACCUGUGUUGCCUUGUGGCCAAUCAAAACAAGUCUAAUCUCUGAAGAGAGGAGAAAGUGUGGGGUUGUUUUUCAUUCAACGCUGAAAUUUCAACAUGACGACGUCUCGCAAGUUCGUUUUCUAUCUGACGUGUUUUCUCUUGGGGCAAAUGGCUCAGAUGAAUAAAUUAAUUCUGUCCACAACUGUUCAUCAAGACGGUGGAUUUAUAUUAGUUAAUGUUGGUGACAACUUCACUUUGGAGUGUUUCUAUGUCAGUAAUGCUAGAAUGUAUUACUGGUACAAGCAAACACUGGGACAGAAGCCACAACUUAUCUCUACGACCUACAAAUUUUCUGAAGGCACUUUACAUGGUGAUUUUAAGGACAAUCCACGCUUCACACUGGAAACUAAUGAAAGUUUGACUCAGCUAAAAAUUUCACAUGUACAACUUUCAGACUCAGCUACUUACUACUGUGCAAGAGGUAACUCAUUUAUAUUAGAAUUCCUGGAGGGCGUCACUGUCAGUGUAAAGGGUUCAGGGUGGAACAUCCAGGCUCGGGUUCAUCAGUCGGCAUCUGAGAUUGUCCAGCCAGGAGGCCCUGUGACCCUCAGCUGCACAGUUCAAAAUGGGACCUGUGAUGGAGAACACAACGUUUACUGGUUCAAGAACUCUGAAGAGCCUCACCCAGGGUUAAUUUACACCCAUGGAGACAGGAAUGAUCAUUGUGAGAGGAAACCCAACACACAAACACACAGCUGCACCUACAACUUGUCCAUGAAGAGCCUGGACCUCUCUCAUGCUGGGACCUACUACUGCGCCGUCGCCUCAUGUGGACACGUCCUGUUUGGAAACGGGACCAAGCUGGACUUUGACGACAAGGUGGACUGUCACACGGUCUCUGUGUAUUUCAUGAGCGGAGCUUUGAUAUUCACCACCAUCCUGAGUGUCUUGCUGGCUUUCUUACUUUACAAGAGAAACUGCUGCAGAUGUUCAGAGUCUUGUGCAGUGAUGUCACCUCCCUCCACAGCAAAUACAGAGGUUUACCGAGAUGUAGACGACCUCCAUUAUGCUGCUUUAAGUGUUAACCUGCCCAACAGAUCAAGACGACAAAGGGACAAUACAAUGGAUGAAUGUGUCUACUCCAGUGUUAGACAGUAGAAAUGUUUCAUUUGUGCUGUGUUUGAUUCCUCAGUCUUUCUUUAGAGUAACAUACUGUAUUCAGGAUAAAAUGCCUUUGGUAAUGUACACUGUUGGGAAACUUCUCUGUUCUUGGGGUUUGAAGUAGGAUUAAGAUGCUGUACAAGUGACUCAAUGGACCUGCUGUGGAUUCUUGUCAUUUCUUUUUUUUCAAAUCAUGUAAAAAUUUGUUUUUUGUGUGGGUCAUUAUAAUAACAGCAGGCUGGAAUACUCUUUAAGCUUUAAUGACAUAUGACAUAUACCACAAUUUUGCUCAACAGCAACAUCCGACUCCAGACUCUAUUUAAUCAAUAAAAUAUCACAUUAAAUACAUUUGAAUGUAAAAAACUACAAGGUCAUGGCUCGCUGUACUGCAGCUUGAGAAAAGAGAUGCUUAUGUCGUCAGGCAUAGAUCAAAAAAAUUGUUAAAUGUUUUUUCGCUCAUUAAAUCAAAUGUUGUGUUUCCCACAA